AUGGGAUUUUCGAAACGCGAUGACAGGAGCUGCUGCUCGGAUGACUCGGGGAGUGACGUCUUCAGGAGUGUUCCGAAAAAUAGAACUGCAUUUUUCAUAUGGAAAAUUGAGGGACUUCGAGCGAUGUCCAUUCCUAGAAAUAAAAUGGGAAUAUUUCUAUCGGAGUCAGCAUAUAUAAUAUACGCAGUUUCUCCGAAGGAUGGAGGUCUCCCCUAUCCAGGAAUGCCUUUGAAGGAUUUGAAAAGCAAUAACACAGUGCGUACGAUUCACUUCUGGAUCGGCAGCAGCUGUGACUCAACGAUAUCUGGAGCUGCGGCCCUCCGAGCCGCAGAACUUGACUCACAGAUCUGUGCAACGAUUCUCCUUCGUGAGUCGGAGGGUCGUGAAUCGCCCCGCUUCCUUGCCUACUUCCGUCAGGAGCUUACCAUCGAGCGAAUUCACUUCGACCGUCCAGAAGUGACUCUUCACCGGGUCACAGGUCUCUCCAUGCCGAUCCUCACGGAACUAGAAACUCCCCGCUGGGGAGAUUUCUCGUCCAGCGACGUGAUGCUUCUGGACACUCAGACAAGAGGCAUUGUUUUCCUCUGGUUAGGCUCAGGGGCAAACUCUCUGCAUAAAAGACAUGCAUUGCGACUCUUGGAAGUUCGAAAAGAGAACAAUAAUGCGAGGGUGGUUAUUGUCGAUGAUGGGUACGAGCAGACUCUUCGGGGAGAUGACAAACGACUUUUUGACAGUAUUCUGGACCCUAAGGAACGAGCGGUACUACCGCAGCCUCCAAGAAAAGUUCCCCAACCUUCUCCAAUAAAACUGUACAAAUGUUGCGAGCAAUCUGGGAAGUACAAAGUGGCGGAACUGAAGUCCGGGCCAAUUUUUAGAAGCGAUCUGGUAUCGAGUGCUGUCUUCCUGAUCGAUAGGGGUGAAAGAGGUGUUUGGGCGUGGGUGGGCCGUGAAGUGGACGCGCGAGAGAAGUUGGAAGCAGUACGCAACGCUCGUGGUUUUGUGAAGAAAAAGGGCUACAGCAGUUGCGUUCCAGUGGCUCGUGCACUGGAAGGUGAAGAGCCAUCAGAACUGAAAACUCUAUUACGAAACUGGGAUCCAGUGAGGCCACGGCCGUUGAUACUGCCCCCGUCCUUCGAGCCAGAGUAUAUGACAGAGAGGCCGAAGAUGGCUGCUGAGUGUCAACUCGUUGACGACGGAAGUGGAAGAAGGAUUCUCUGGAGGGUCUCCAAAAAAGACGGAAUGGAGGAGGUCAACGAGCACGGAACAUUAGCUGGAGUUUACUUCGCUGGGCUUUGCUACGUCAUGAAGUACUGUUAUGGAAGUGGAAGGAGAGAAAGGACCAUUAUUUAUUGCUGGGAGGGAGCGCAUUCUACGAGCGUUGAUCGUGAGUUUGCGUUAGAAGCAGCUUGCAGAUUGGCUGAAGAGACUUCAGCACAGUUGGUGAAAGCUUCACAAGGCCGUGAACCUCCGCACUUACUUCAAAUUUAUGGUGGCAAGCUUAGAAUUUUGUCGGGACAACAUCAAGAAACUUUGCCGAAGAAAUACCUGGUGAGAGUCUUUGGGUCAACCCCCUACACAUCGAAAGCUGUGGAGAGACCUUUAAGAGCAAAUUCUUUGGAUUCUGGUGGAGUUUUCAUCCUUUUUUCAAACUCUCCAGUGGUUUGGUGUGGCGGAAGGAGUACUGGAGAUGCUAGGGAAGCGUCCAGACGUUUGGCACCGAGUACAGCACCAUUAUUGGCCGAGGGCAAAGAGGAUGAUGAGUUUUGGAUGCAGUUAGGAGGGAAAGGAGACUACGGAUCCGAAUCAAACGACCUAGGAGAGGAGUCAGGAAAGCAUUUAUACCACUGUGAGAUAUCAGAUGGAGUGUUCACAGGUGAAGAGGUCCUUGGUUUCACCCAAAGCAGUCUACUCCCAGAAGCAGUUUGGCUUCUGGACGCCGGAGGAGCUAUCUGGGUCUGGUUGGGAAAUUUGUCAGAAUCAAAAAGUACGAAAAAGUGCCUUCAACAUGCUUUGACUUUCUUAUACACACACCCAGCAGGCAGAGAUAGGAACAUCGUGAUUUCAGUCAUCAGACAGGGCUUGGAGCCUCCGACGUUCAUUGGACUUUUUGAAAAUUGGAAUCAUAAUCUUCUGAGGGACUACAGGUCCUUCGACCUCGCCAGAAUGUCUCUUCAAGGUCAAGAAGCAGUGGUGAACCACCAGGGGAGGGAAACGACUGAUUUCGAUGCUUAUAGUAAGUAUCCUCUGAGGAUCCUCAAGAUGGAACCUGAACAUCUCCCCAGCGGUGUCGAUGUCUUCAAGAAGGAGCUGCAUCUCACUUAUGAUGACUUCACGUCGAUUUUUAAGAUGAAUCCCGUCGAAUUUGAGAAACUCCCUUCUUGGAGACGCCAGAGACUCAAACAAGCUGCUGGGUUAUUUUAAUUUUACGGCAAAGGUUGUUAAAAUGAAUAGUUUCAUGAAUUAAAAAAUUAUAUCCGAGUGCAAAUUAAUGUUGUCGACGUUUUUAUAAUGAAUAUCGAACAUUGAAAUGU